CUCGUUUAUAUUCGUCCAAAAGCUGUAACAGAGCAAGCCCUUCCAUCGCCAGGAAGUUUAAGGAAUAUUUGACUGACCAAAAUGGCAGGAAAGGGCAGAGGAGUAGCAGCAUUCACCUUCAACAUAGAGUCCCUGGGUCUCACCAGAGGGUCCAUGCCAGAAACUCAGAGAGGGCCAUCUCCACUCUUCCCACAAAUUGAAUAUAAACCAGGGCCUCUAAAAGCUGGAGAGGAUGAAGACUAUAUGAGAGCUUUGAAACAAGAGAUGAGAGGACGAAUGAAAGACCUCCCAUUUAACAUAAAACCCCAUGCAGGAAAGGGAGAUGUGGAGAGGUACAAGGAGAAAUACGCAAGAGAAAUUAAAAGAAUUGAAAAUGACAACUGGACACCAGAUUGGAACAAUCUUCCGAAGGAGCUAAAGCCACAAAAAAAGAUUGUUCGGAAGAAAAGGGAUGCUAAGAAAAUGUCGAAGAUCUCAAGUAAGGACAAGGAGGCAGUGCUGAAUAAACUUGAUGAGCUAGAAAAGAAGGGAGAUGCAAAAUCUGAUGAGGAGGAAGAAGCGGGGGGAGCGAAGAAAGAAGAUGAUGAGGAAGGGGAGGAAGUAGAAAUUGAAGGAGAAUUCGAUGAAGAGCUUGAAGAGGAAAAUGACUAUAUAGCAAACUACUUUGAAGACGGUGAUGAUUACGGGGGAGGAAGUGAUGAGAACAUGGAUGAAGCCACUUAUUAGCAAAAACAAAGAAAAGUACUUAAUUAAAAAGAAAAACCAUGAUAAAUCAUGCACAAGAAGUAAUGCAUCAAUGCACUAUAAAAAGCACUUGAUUUAGUUUGAU